UCUCUAUCUCUACUACAGUGGCCUCCUCUCCUAGUCCUCCCCUGUCUUCUUCCCCUUCUCGUCUACUCGUAGGAAGAACACAAGCAAAAAGAACACAGAUAGUGUCUAGAAUAAAAAUAGAACCACAAAGCAAUAGCUUGUGCCAAGCAGCGUGGUUCUUGGGCACUAUAGAAUGAUGCCAAGAUUCGACCUUGCUGCAUCCAUGCUUCUCUGCUCAGAGGACAGCACCACCAUUUUCGACCUUGAGGAGGAGAGCGAGGACAUUUCGUGGGUUCUUCGAACGCCGUCGCGCCACGCCGACGCUUCUUCUGGGUGCUUGUUGAUUGACUUUCCGCUGCAGUCGGAGAGCUUCAUCGAUGAGCUCCUGGAGAGGGAGGAGGGGCACCUGCCCAUGGAGGGCUACGCCCAGCGGCUCCUGCAGCAACCUGGCGGGUUGGAUUUGGUGGCCGUCAGGAGCGCCGCCAUUGACUGGAUUUGGAAGGUACAUGAGCAUUACAAGUUCGGACCUUUGACGGCUGUCUUGUCUGUGAACUACCUAGAUCGGUUCCUCUCUUUGUGCGAUUUUGCUCUAGGGGAAGCUUGGGUGACACAACUCUUAGCAGUGGCUGUAUUGUCCUUGGCUGCAAAAAUGGAGGAAACAAUUGUCCUAAAUCCUUUAGACUUGCAGGUGGUCGAUGCGGAAUAUGUAUUUGAUCCUACGACUGUGCACAGGAUGGAGCAUCUGGUGCUCAAUACCCUGAGAUGGAGGAUGCAAGCUGUGACUGCUUGCUCAUUUAUUGACUACUAUCUUCACAAAUUCAGUGAUGGUGAUGCAGUAUCUGAAAUCAUACUUGCUCGCUCAAUUCAACUUAUCUUGAGCACAUCUAAAGCUGCUGAAUUCAUGGCAUUCAGACCGUCAGAGAUUGCCGCAAGUGUGGCUCUUGUGGCAUUGGGAAAAUAUGACAGUUCAAUACUUGAGAGUUUGAUGACUUGUUGCAAACAAUUAAGAAAGGAGAGGAUAUUAGGAUGCUAUGAAGUGAUUCAAGAAAAGAUUGUUAUGGAAAACAUUAUUCUCAAGUCAAUUGGCUCUCCAGUUUUCCCCAAGCAGCAUAGCCCCAUAGGUGUGCUGGAUGUAACUGCAUGCGAAAGCCAACAAAAUGAUGCCGUCAGUGUAGGAAUUGCUCUAGUACACGAUGAAGCUCCGUCAGCAAGCAAAAGGAGAAGGAUUUGCAGAUGAUUGGUCUCAUGGCCAGGUGCUUCACUCUCCAAGACUCCAACUAUUGCUUCAAGCAUGUCAAUCUAAUUCAGCCACUCAGGAAGAAUUGGUAUGCCCUAGAUGUUUUGAGGAUUCAAAGAAGCAAGAGAAAAUACGGACCGUGUCCCCCCCCUCCACCCCAUAGUCACAAAGUUCCUGGGUCGACCGGGUCGAGGAACGGGGUCGAGGGUCGCCACUUUAUAAAAUUGUGGUACGAAGGGGGUAUACCUCUGUGGAACGAUAAAUUAUUAUGUGGAACGUGACCCUGAUUCAUCCGGGUCGACAUUUUCGGGUC